AUGGGGGGGGCGGGAUGCACAGAGCAAGUUUGCUGUCUAUUGGCAAAUGAGUUCAGGCAAGUAAGAGAGAGAUUGAAGAGCCAAGUUACUCAAAUGGGGGAGCAAGUCCCGGGUUUCAGGCCAGGCCUGGCGAUUUUACAGGUUGGAGAUAGAGCUGAUUCAAAUCUUUAUAUAAGUAUGAAGCUAAAAGCUGCUGAGGAGAUUGGAAUCAGAGCCACGCAUAUUAAAUUACCAAGAAACUCAACUGAGGCAGAGGUUUUAAAGUGCAUCACAUCUUUGAAUGAAGACCCUACUGUACAUGGACUCCUGGUCCAGUUACCUUUGGAUGCAGAAAAGACCAUUAGCACUGAGCUGGUGACAAAUACCAUCGCUCCCGAAAAGGAUGUGGAUGGUUUGACUAGCGUCAGUGCUGGGAAGCUUGCUAGAGGUGACUUAGAGGAUUGUUUCAUUCCCUGUACACCUAAAGGAUGCUUGGAACUUAUCAAAAAGACAGGAGUACAAAUUGCUGGUAGGCAUGCUGUGGUGGUUGGACGUAGCAAGAUUGUUGGUGCACCAAUGCAUGACUUGCUUCUGUGGAAUAAUGCCACAGUGACCACAUGCCAUUCAAAGACUAUCCAGUUGUCUGAGGAGGUGAAUAAAGCUGAUAUUCUUGUGGUUGGAACUGGACAGCCUGAAAUGGUGAGAGGAGAAUGGAUUAAACCUGGAGCUAUAGUAAUAGACUGUGGAAUCAACUAUGUUCCAGAUUGGUAUAAUGGAAAACCUAAUAGAAAAAGAGUUGUGGGGGAUGUGGCUUAUCAUGAAGCAAAAGAGAAGACUUCCUACAUCACGCCAGUUCCUGGUGGAGUUGGACCCAUGACUGUGGCAAUGUUAAUGCAGAGCACAGUAGAAAGUGCAAAGCAUUUCCUAGAGAAAUGUACACCAGGAAAAUGGAACAUCCAGUAUAACCAUCUUAGCCUCAAGACCCCUGUUCCAAGUGACAUUGAAAUAUCACGUUCUUGCACAGCAAAGCCCAUUGGUUACCUGGCUAAAGAAAUUGGCUUACUCUCUGAAGAAGUGGAAAUGUAUGGUCAGACAAAAGCCAAGGUUCUGCUGUCUACCUUAGAACUCCUGAAACACCAGCCUGAUGGAAAAUAUGUGGUCGUAACGGGAAUAACCCCUACACCUCUGGGAGAAGGAAAGAGUACAACCACACUAGGGCUGGUUCAAGCUCUGGGAGCACAUCUUCACCAGAAUGUUUUUGCUUGUGUUCGACAACCAUCUCAGGGCCCAACCUUUGGAAUAAAAGGUGGAGCUGCAGGAGGGGGCUAUUCUCAGGUUGUUCCAAUGGAAGAGUUCAACCUCCAUCUCACUGGUGACAUCCAUGCCAUUACUGCAGCUAAUAAUUUGGUUGCUGCUGCUAUCGAUGCCCGCAUAUUCCACGAACUGACACAGACAGACAAGGCUCUCUUUAAUAGUUUGGUACCUUCAGUCAAUGGAGUGAGGAAGUUCUCAGAUAUUCAAGUCCGUAGGCUGAAGAGACUAGGAAUUGAGAAAGAUGACCCUGCCACCUUAACAGAUGAAGAAAUAAAUAGAUUUGUGAGAUUGGAUAUUGAUCCAGAAACCAUAACCUGGCAAAGAGUGUUAGAUACCAAUGACAGAUUCCUAAGGAAAAUCACAAUUGGUCAAUCACCAAAUGAAAAAGGACACACACGAACG